GAAUUGACCUCUGCGAUUCUUUGUAAGAUUUUCUUAUCGCCAGUAACGCUGAUGCUCACUUCCCAGAUUUCCUCUUCCAUAUCGUCACAUUUUUGUGGUCUCCAAGUUAAUCCUCAAACACAACGGUCAAAAGAGCCCCGAAAAUGCACUUCCCGGGUUCAGACUGUUGCUCUACGUGAGAACGUAAACCAUGAUUCAACAGCCGUUGAUUCGGUAUCUGCUGUCGAUGCGUUGACUUCAUGCACAUCAUCAAGAAACAUAGAACUCGGGUUUUGCCUUCAUGCUUUAGUUCUAAAAUCCGGGCUCAACGAAAAUGUGUUUGUCAACAACUCCCUACUGAAUAUGUACACAAAAUGCAAGAAUAUCGAAGACGCUGCCAGGUUGUUCGAUCAUAUGCCUGAAAGAACUAUAGUGUCCUGGACAUCGAUGAUAUCAGGUUAUUGCCAGAAUGGAGCAGCUGAUAAAGCAAUAACUCUUUUCUGUGAGAUGCUUAAACAUGUGUAUCCCAAUGAGUUCACUCUAGCCGCGCUUCUACAAGCUUGUGCAAAGAAAGAUGAUUCCGUAUUGGUCCGGUGUAUUCAUUGUAUUAUGGUGAAAAUGGGGCUUGUGUCCGAUAAUUUCUUAAGGAAUUCUUUAAUAGAUGCGUAUGCAAAAUCUGGGUUGAUGUUAUGUGCAGAGAAGCUUCUGGAGAGAUUUAGCUGUCAAGAUGUGGUAUCUUGGACUUCAGUUAUAUCAGGUUAUGUAUUUAAUGGAAUGAUGGAUGAAGCACUGGUCAUUUUUAUAAGGAUGCAGGGUGCGGGGACACUACCGAAUGAGGUAACAGUUCUGAGCAUUUUACAUGCUUGUUCAUUGAUUAACCAAUGGUGGAAAAUACAGUGGGUUCAUGGCUUAGUCAUAAAAUUGGGGAUGAGUAGCAAUGACCUUAGUGUAAAUUCUCUAGUUGAAAUGUACGUGCUUAAUGAGUAUUUAAAGGAAGGAAUGCAAAUAUUUUGUAGAUUUUCUUUUAUGGGUGAAGGUUGUUAUCUUAGUCCAGAGACCAUGGCUAGCCUUCUGGAACAAUGUGGUAUGAAGUUGGGGAAAGAGAUUCAUGGGUACCUGAUUAAACAUGAUUUUUUUCCUUGUAUUGUCAUUGAAAACUCUUUAAUUGACAUGUACGCUGAAAUUGGAGAAAGUGAAUCUGCCUACCAGCUCUUUGCGAGGAUGAACAACAGAGAUAUGGUUUCUUGGAAUACCAUGAUGACAUGCCUUGUGAAGAAUGGUGAAUCUUAUCAGGCCCUAAUGCUGCUUGAAGGCAUCCACAGCAGAAAGGAAAAUGGUUCAGUGUCUCCUGAUUUCAUUACUAUGUUAGCGUCAAUCCAAGCCUGUUCAAACUUAGCAUCAUUGCAGCUAGGCCAGGUUAUUCAUGGAUACAUAACUAGAGCAGGUUUAAUUUGUGAUAUUUUUAUUCAGAAUGCUCUUAUUGAUAUGUAUGGAAGAUCAGGCAAGCUGGACUUGGCGGAGAAAAUUUUCAAAGAAAUGCUUGUCAAAGAUCUUGGUUCAUGGAAUUCUCUAAUCACAGCUUAUGGAGUCAAUGGAGAUGCAACUUCCGCUCUCCAGGUUUUCACGGAACUGAAGAAAUCAGGCACACACAAACCAAAUGCAGUUACAUAUGUCAAUAUUCUUUCUGCAUGUGCUCACUCAGGAAUGAUCAAAGAAGGUUUUGAAAUUUUUAGAUUCAUGCAUAGAGAUGGAGUUGAGCCGAGUAUGGAACAUUUUGUCUGCAUGGUGGAUCUCUUGGGCAGGUCAGGGAGGCUUGAAGAAGCAGAAGCUUUUAUAGAAAAGAUGCCGGUCAAGCCUGGCCCAGCAGUAUGGGGUGCUCUGUUGGGUGCUUGCGGGUUCUUUGGCGAUGUCGUCGUGGCUGAAAGAGCAGCGAAACAGCUCUCAACUUUGGAACCAGAGAGCAGGAUUUGGAGAGUUGCAUUAUGUAACGUUUAUGCUAGUGUUGGUAAUUGGGAGAGUGCAGCCAAGGUGAGAGCAGAAAUGAGAGGAUUAAAAGGGAUGGGAAAGGAGGGAGGCUGGAGUAGCGUCGAGGUAGGAGGAAAUAGGUUCAAGUUUAUGGUAAAUGAUACAAGACAUCCAGACGGUAAAACGAUCUAUCAAGUUUUGAGUAGAAUGACGGAACAUAUCAAGGAUGAGAUUUGGGCAUGACAAUUAUGGUAGAUGUAUACAGGAAACGAUCUUUCAAGUGUUAGUUUGGCAGCAAACAUGUUUCAGCAGAUACAUCAUCAAUCAUCCAAAGUAUUCCUCUUGGAAUUUAUUCAAAAUGCACUUCAUUAUUAAAUAUCAGUUGGGGUCAAUCGUCGAAGCAGAGGUCUUCAGGGGUUUUUGUAAAACCUGUUGUAAAGCACUUGUGUCAUUUGAAUGGAAAAGAAAACCAUCUACUCCAACUUAGGGAGUUUCAGAUGGAUGGUGUUACUUUCUGAACUAGUAAUUUUUCCAAUAUCCAUGAACAAAUUUCACCUUCUAUAGUAUAAUGUCAAUAUGCCAAGAAUAACUUGACGCAGAUCCCAGAAAAUGGCUACAAGAAAAUGGUGUA